UUGAGGAAGCGGGUGUUUGCGUACUAACAGCGCAUGUUAGCUAAAAACACAAAUCAAUAAACAUUGUUUUACAUCCAUUUCUCAGCGUUACCGGAGACACGUUGCACCGAUGGAGGUUGUCGGGUCAACAGAGACAACAAAAGACCCAAGCCUGUCUCUUGCAUCUCUUCGCCUCCUGGUGCCUCCUCUGCAGCUCCUGUCUGCUGCUAUGUGGCAGCUGACAAAGCAGAAAGAUGUGAUGAAAUAUGAGAAGGUGCAGGAGUUUGUGUUCAUGGUGACAGAGGCAGUCCCUGGACUGAUCAACCACAGACAGAGAGCCCAGCUCAUCCUGGGUCUAAGAGCAAGGUUGAUUCUGGAGCUUUGCAAAGGCUCGACUCGGGGUUCUGUUGAUGCUCAGGUGAUCCAGAGCUAUUUGGAUAGACUCCCAAUAUCCUCUGCAAACACAGAUUACAGGGACACAGAGGUGAAAACAACAGAGUCCACUUUUAUCGCACUUGUUCAGAGCCUGCUGAAGGAUCCUGUUGAAAGAGCAUAUUUCUUCCAGGAGGUGUUCCCAGUGGAAUAUGGGCCACAGUACGAUGCAGCUUUGCAUGUCUUAUUGUGGGAGCUGCUUUCAAAACUGGAAAAGCUGCUGCCAGUACCAGACCUGAAACAGACUACUGCCUGGUUUGGCUCCACUCCUUCUGUGUUGGAGGAAUGUGUUCAGUUCUCACCUGAGGAGCUGAGCUUAAUCUUCGAGCACUACAAAAGUUUAGGACUGCUGAAAAUGCCAUAUGGUCCUUCAUCCACUAUCGGCAGCUGCAUCAUGUCCGCUUUAUCCAUUCCUCCCUCGCAAAAGACAAACAUCUCUGUCGGACUGGAAUCAAUCCACAACUAUGCUAAUGUGCUAAACCCCGUCACUUUCGUUGGGACGGACCAGUACAGUGUUGUGGCCGUGUACACAGAGGUGGAAGUUGGAGCGUCUGAAGUACACGAAGAAAUGGUCGAGUCGUCUGAAGUUCAGGUUCAAACUGAUUUCUAUGAAGAAGAGAUUGUGGCUGUGAGCGCAGACAACGCCGGCAGCGAGGAGGCGACCAGCUUGAGAGCAGAAGAAACAAGUGAAAGUGUGGAUGUGGCAAAAGCUCUGGAGACUCUGACGAAAACGUUCGCACUAAGAAAGGAGAGCCUCGGUCAAGAUGCACAGACAGGAAAGAGUAACGAUUCAUCCCUUAAUGAUGAGCCAGGAAAUACGCCAGAUGAAGCACAAACACGCAAAGGACACGAAACAAGUGAGCAAACUGACAAGAAAAGAGAAGAUGUUGAGGAGGUGAAGGAGAGCGUCCAGCCUGGAGGCACAGAGAGCAACAUGAACUCUUGCACAGACCUGGAGGACGACCAUGAAUCCUUUUCUGCCCAUGAGGAAAUGACCGAUGUUCCCAGUGAAGCUCCAGUCUCUGAAGCACAACAGUCCCCCAGUUCAGAGAAUUUGCGCCGAUCCACCCGUCUACAAACAAAAACGUCACCCAGCUGGCAGGAGACCUGUAAAAUCCAGAGGCCGUCCAAAGAAAGUAGUGAGGAACUUAAAAUGAGCAGAGCUGAUGUUUCAGUCGCCCCCACAGUUAUAGCCAUCAAAGGAAUCGACAAAGAUGAUUCAGAUGAGAUGACGUCCAUCAUUUUCACCUGCUCACAGUGUCCCUUCCACAACUCGGACAAGAACAGCCCGCCCCACUUCCACAUGCAGAGUGUUCGCUCUGAAGUGUACAGGACUCUCUCAGGAGCCAAAUUUACACCGUCUCCUUCCAGCACGGAUGAAAUAUUUACAUCCAUCAAACUUUUACCCACAGGGAGCACAGGCGGGAGUAAAGCAGAGCAGACAGACAAUCAAAGCAAAGUAAAUGUUUCCCAAAGCAGACAGAAGGCCCUCACGUGUGAAACAUGCGGCAAGACGUUCACUCGGUCGUCAGACGUGAGGAGACACCAGCUCACUCACACCGGAGAGAGACCGUUUCUUUGCUCGCAGUGUGACCGAACGUUCCAGCACUCGUGGGAUCUGGCCAAACACGAGAGUAAACAUCACGGCGUGGCCAUUUCUUUCUCCUGCAAGCUGUGCGGGAGCUCCUUCGCCAACCUCCGCGCGCUGACCGUCCACCACAAGAAGUCUCAUUCCCAGGAGAGCCAGAUGCCUCAGAUCUGCUCCAUCUGCAGCCUCAGCUUUGCCACUUCCUCUGAGCUGCUCGAGCACAGGAAGUCUCACGUCAUCACCAAACGCUACAUCUGUCAGAAGUGCGGCGAAGGCUUCGACACCUUGCUUGCGCGUUCUCAGCAUCGGCAGAUCCAUCAAGUGAAGAGUCAGUUCAAGUGUCCGCAUUGUGAGAAGACGUACACACGGAGGUCUGACGUAAAGAGGCACAUGUCCUCUCACACUGGGGAGCGACCGUACCAGUGUAACCAGUGCAACAAACGCUUCUCGCUGCGCUUCAUGCUCAUGAAACACCUUCGCGUUCACACAGGAGAGCGGCCUUUCCAGUGCUCCCACUGCCCCAAGAGGUUCACGCUGGUGUCUGUGCUGGCCAGACACGAGCGGAUGCACACCGGCGAGAAACCUUUCCUCUGCUCUCAGUGCGGGAAGGGAUUUCUAUCGCAGGGGGAGCUUUCAAAACAUCACCGGUCACACAUGGACGACAGGCCCUACUCCUGCCCGCAGUGUGACAAACGCUUCAAAAGCAAGAAAACCCAGCAGGAACAUAUCGUUUCCCACACCGGCGCCCGCCCGUACUCCUGCGCCUACUGUGGGAAGGGCUUCACCAAACCAUACGCUCUGACCAGACACAAUCUCAUCCACACAGGAGAGAGGCCGUUCCCCUGUGGACACUGCGAGAAGUCGUUCCUCACCCUCAGCGAGGCUCAGCUGCACCGGCGUAUCCACACGGGGGAGCGGCCGUACCCCUGCAACGUCUGCGAGCUCAAGUUCAAGAGCUCGUCGGAGCUGGCGCGACACAAGCGCAGCCACUCGGGGAUGAAGCCGCUGAAGCCGUACUGCGAGCGGUGUCAGAAAACGUUCACGUCAAAGGCCAAGCUGAAGAAACAUAUGGAGAAACACAGCGAGGAAGGGGAAGCAGCACAGUCUGUGGACGCUAUACAGCCUCAGGAAUCAGAUCUUUAAGUGAAUAAUGGAGAACAUAUAAGUGGUUAAAUUAGAGAAAAAGAGAUUAGAUAUUUAGCUUUAUCAAAUACAAUAACUUCUGAUCAUGAGAGCAACGUGUCCACAACUACAUGUCUUCUCAACAAUACCAACUUUACUAUAAAGUGUGGACAAGGAGUGUUUGGUACUGCUGCAUCCUUCAACUUUUGAGUAAAGCACUCUGACAUCAUUAUGAAAUAUCAUUUCCACUUAGACUUUUGCAACAGCGAAGUAAAAAUUAUGUUUAGGUCAUCAAGAAUUGUUUGUUUGAAAUGUAAAUCCCAGGUGAACAAAAUUUUUCAUUAAACACAUUUUUCACAACA